AUGUUGUUGGUUGUCAGCAUUGUCUAUUGUGACUUGGUAGGGCAUGGCAAGCAUGAGCUGGUCAACGGGAAGAUUGUAAAGCUGCGGGGAAACACAAAAAUAGCUGAGAAACCUGUGGAUCUUGAACUUUACAAAAGUAAAGCGGGCUCGUGUGAUGUUGAAAUGAACAAGGAGGGAGAUAUGUAAGUGAACUGAAAUUUUAAACAAAACAAUUUUCUCCUUUAACAGAACACUCUGGUACCUCAAAAAUUCCAACACAGCAAAGGAAGGAUGCUCGAUUGAUUUUGUCAUGCAUGAUCUUAGCGCCAGAAAUUUUAAAUUCGAUUUUGCCAUGUUUUUUGGUAUCCAACAUAACAAAGAAUUGACUGAUUGCUUGGCGGAUAUGGGAUUGGUUGAAAAAAUAAGAUUGGACAAUGAGUCAGCUAUCACUUCCAAUCUGAUGUCCUUCUCUUUUAGUCUGAAGAAUGGUGAAUUUGAGGGAGUAAAAAGAGGAUAUCCGGAAAGGCACAA